UCCCUCCUCGUUCAUAGUAUAAUUUCAAUUGACGAGCUUAUUGAGUGAUAAGAUAACAAAUCGAGCACGGAAUAAAAUCUGCCCAAAAUGGCCAACCUCAAGGAAGUAACGGUUAAGUUCGGAACAAAAACGAAGUUGGUCAACAUCGACUUCGAAAGUUUGAAGAAAACUAACGAAAUCAUCCGAGCCAGACUGCAACUUAAACAAAGGUUUGUCCUCCAAGCGGAUUCCGAGGCGAGGGGCGUAUUAUACGACAUUGAUGAUGAUCAGGAUUUGGAUCGUUUCAAAGACUGUGACAAUUUUGUGGUUCUUUUGUCUGACGACAGCGAAGCAUCUUUUGCGUAUGGAUCGACUCUGGGGCCUGAUCGUCCUGGCGAAGCUGCAUCAUUCGGCUUUCCACCCGCUUAUGAAGAAAGCGUAGAACCAGCGACUGAGGACCGGAGCUGUGAAGUCAGUCGCGAAAAGUCCUUUGAGGUUGAAAUACACGGCGUCAUGUACCCUGUCAACGCAGCACCCCCGCCGGAAAGUAGCGUCGUUCAGAGAGAGAUGAUAGAACUGGUUUCAGCCUUCGAUAUUCCCGGCAUCAUCCGGCAGAUUGACAUCGUGGCGAUGUGUAUGCGAAUUGCCCUGUAUGGUGUAAUCGGGAAGCGCCAUUUGGAGCUAGAGGUUGUUGAAAUGCAGGCCAAGGUCGAUGACCUCUGCAACAUCUCCGCCAAAGCGGUGAAACAAUACGGAAUGAAAACAAGAGAUAUUCUGUCUGCAAUGAAGUACGCGAUUGGGUGUCUGAAUGAGGGUUAUGAAAGCAUGGCUUCGGACCAUUUCAGGAAUAUCGUUCAAACAAGUGAAAAACUAAAAGAUACUUCAGCGAACCUCAAGACUUUUCUUGAGGACUUACAAACGAUUGUGCAGGGCGUUUGCAGCAAGGUCACCAAGGAGAAUUCAGCCCACACCGAAGAACACGCUACUGUUGAAGCCGAAGUCAACUCUGACCGUAAAAAAAUGCUUGAGAAAAGGCAACAGCAGGCAGAAUUGGACAGGACAGAGGCAGAGGCACGGUUUAAGGCUUUAACGGCAACAGGAGACAACUUACAGAGGGUGAAAAAUGUCUUGGACCAAUACAAACGGGGUUCCUGUACAUGUGAGAAGGAUGAAUGCUGUAGGAAUUGCUGCAGUGGUAAAUUCCUUUUAUGUCGCCACACGCGUCGGUACCACUGUGUGAAUUCGAAAACGACUGAGAUGCUGCAAUUCGUCACUGCCGCUGAAUGCCAUCUGCUUGAUCGGGAGCUAAUUGGCCGCAUCCAGGCACUGGAGGAAAGAGAUCAACUACGAAAAGCUGAAAAAGAGGCUUUCGAGGAAUUGUUGAAGUUUACUGAGGCGCUGAAGAAGGAUGAUCCAUUGAAAGAUCCUAGCGACUCUAUCCAGGAUGCUCUCCGAGGGGCAGAGACUGGCCUGAGGACCUUACGAUCAGCUGUGCAGCGUAUUAUAAACUUCUGGGACGACCUGGGGGUUCAGUCCGAGUCUGUCAUCACCUUUGGUGGCGGGUCUUUUGGUCAGAUGGAGAAACAGUCGGAUGAGGAAGAAAGGGAGAAGUUCUUCAAGUCACGAGUCUUCCAAGUUGGCACUGUGGAAUACCUUGGAAAGUGGGUUGCCUUGCGAAUGAUGUGCGAGGCCUUCACAGAGGCCAUGGAGCCGAUCCAAAGGAACCUUCAAAGCAGUAUCGCAGACAACCCCAGCAGGAAAGCGGCAUUGGAGAGGAUGCCCGAGCUGAUUCUCGCUUUGGAGAAGAAGGUUGCUGAGAGGAGAGACACGAUCCACGUUGACCAGAAGGCCGAUGCUGAAUUGCUGAAAUCAUUGAUGUCCGGGGUUGUGAAGAACACGUAGACUGACAGGCAGCUGUAAAAUGUUGAAAUGUCCUAGGAUAGAGUCUCAGGGGGACAGACGAAUCUAGGCCCUUUAAUCUCGGAAGAAUUGACCGUCAUGGUUUUUCGAGAAGCAUAUAUUUAAUCCACCACCAUACAUGGGACACUUUUUCUAGGAGGACAUUUCAGACUGCUACACCUGUUAAUAACUGCUGUCCAGUGACUGACUUAAGAUUGCACGUCUUGCACAUGGCCGGCGUUUAGGCCUUAUGGGUGAAACUUUUAUUUAGUAUGAUUGAUUAUGGUUAUGAAAUUCCGUGGUGUUUGAUUUAAAUUUCAAUACAUCCCAGACUAGUCAUAUCCAGACAAAGUCACAACCAGAAGUCUGGGAUAUUAUAACUAAAAGACUUGUAAAUUCAACGUUUACUAGCAUGAACACAUGACACCCUUCCAGGUUGAAUGUAAUGGACAAUUGAUUUCGUCUCAUCCCAGUCUUCUGGUUGUGACUUGGUCCUCAAAAGAUUGACUUUGUAGUUUAUGGAAAUAAUCAUUAACCGCCACGGAAGCUCUGUUCUGACAUCGUGUUCUUUUAAUGUCCGAACGAUAUCAUUCUGGCAUCAUCGGAUUAUCCCCGAGUCGUUCAGAUCGGAGAACCUGUAGUGUAGAGGGCGUGCGUGACGUGAAGCUCCUUCCACACAUGCCAUGACUCAGUUGAUGGUGUUUGUAUCCAGAGGACAGCACGCGUGUCGUGAAGUAAAGCUUUUCUUGCUAAAUCAAAUACUGGGUAUUUGGAACGAUAGGAAAUACUGCCGGGUGGUAAAGGUUCGUUUCCAAAUGCCACUGCCCUUUUUGUCUGCAGUGCAUAAAAUACUGGGCCGAUUUCUUCAAAGUUUGGUUUUUCUUCAAUCUAAUUCUGGGACCCAACACAAUAUCCAGGUUAGAGACUUUAAAAAGAAGUCAACGUAGAACGGUGGCUGGGAAAGGACAUCGAACUUUUUUUUCUGGCGGGACGACUUAUUAAGUCGGGAGGACGACUUGCAAAAACAAAAAACGAAAAAAAAUUUUUUUUUAGAGAAAAUGUUUUUUCUUGCAUUUUGCCGUCUUUUUUUAUUAUCUCGGGGGGACGACUUAGUAAGUCGUGGGGGGGACCACUUACGGAAACGAGUCUGGGCUUAUUUUACUUGCAUGAUGCGAUUGUCCGCACUGAUCAUACUCCGGUAUGCCGCCCGCACACUGAGAUAUUCGUUUGAAGUGAAAGCACCUCAGCUUGUUGCAGCUAGCCUCUCAGGUUCAUCCUGAAAUACAAUCUUUGAUUCUCCCCGGAAUCGAACUGUGUAAGCCAACAGUGUUAACCACCAGCGGCAGUAUUUAUCUUGCUAUACCUGGAGAGCAGGGGUUUAUAUCAGUUUUGCUGGAGGUCCAUGGCAGGGGUGUUUGCAGGGGUACAGGGCAGGGGUGUUUGCAGGGAUAUAGGGCCAUGUCAAGUGUUUAUGACCGUUUGACUUUUUGUUUGACCUUGUCCCUGACAUUCUGAGGAUGCACGCUGCAGACGAAAGGGAAAAAACGUUCAUCAUUGUGCUGUGGGGCUUUAUAUUAGGCUAUAAGUUGGUAUAGCAGGCCUAUUUGCAAUCACAAGCAGGGCGCCGGGCCGACAUAGCUACGGACUAGCAGAUCCAUGCCCGUGGUAGUCUGGCCAGAUGAGCCAGGGCCUAGCUAAGCCAUGGACUCAGCUCCCAAAUCAAGUAGGCCUAUACAAAAUGCAGGGUAGGUCCCUGUCGUUUCAAUUCAUAAAUGAACGUGAUCGUGACUGAACUUCCUCAUCAACACGGUCACAGACAAUACAGAACCCACCUACACUCUUCACUCAUGGCAUCAUGCACUAGUUCUUUUAUUGCCUCAGUGCAAACAACAGGCAUUCUCUCAUUCUCUGAAGGUACAGUCCAACAAAUCGAAGCAUAUUUUGGCGUUUUGCAAGACUAUUUUUCCAAAAACAAUGAAGGAAAUCAAAAUGGAGCUUGACUGAAAAUGAGGCUGACCUAAUGUGGCACUUUGUUUAGCAAUCAAUGAAAAACAUGCAUCAGCCAAUCAGCAUCAAUGUCAGAGCAGGGGUGUUUGCAGGGGUUCAUGUGCAUUUGAUCAAAGUCAAAGCAGUGACGUUUGCAGGGGCAGAGUUUAUCAAAGUUAGAGCAGGGGUAAUUAUAUGUAAGCACUCAAUGUAAUCUAUUGAUAUGUUGAGAC